GAGCUGGAGGGCGCCACAUCUUUGCUGAUCUUCUCUCCACCAUGAAGUGGCUGCUGCUCCUUCACCUUUGCGUUUACGGAGUCCUGUGCUCCACAGACACGGACUACGACAACGAUGAGGAUGACACAGGGACCAACCCGCUGAACCCGAGGGGUCACAGACCUGCCAUGACGGGCAGGGAACGCUACAACGUGCCCCAACCGGCCCCCCCACCCGUCAGCGGUGGCUCCACGUACCGCGGCCGGCCCACCCCCGCCCCCGUGCGCACGCCGCAGCAGCAGCAGAAGGAGGAGCAGCCCGACUCCGGCGGCUGCACCCACGCGUCGGAGCAGAUGGGGGUUUUAUGUCCAACGGGGUGCGAACUUAAAACCGUCAUAUUGAAACAAGAAAAGAACAUUAAAGGGACCAUCCUUGAGCUCCGACGGGACGUGACUGACCUGUCCAGGUCCUCUAACAAUAUUUACCGCUACGUGGACAGCCUGUCGUCGCAGGUGCGCGAGAGGCAGCGUCUGACCGACGAUAACGGGAACGUCGUCGGCGAGUACACAGGUGACCUGGAGCAGCAGCACGCCUUCAUCAAGGACACCAUUGACACCAGCUUCCCGUCCAACAUCCGCAUCCUCCAGCAAGUGCUGGAGAGCGUGCGCGGAAAAAUCCAGAAGAUCGAGUCAGCCAUCUUGGCCCAGAGGGAGAAGUGCAACAAGCGAUGUACUGUCUCGUACCCCAUCCCUGUGGUCUCCGGCAAGGAGUGCGAGGACAUCUACCGCAAGGGAGGAGUCGCCUCCGAGAUGUAUCUCAUCCAGCCAGAUUCCUUCUUCAAGCCCUACAAGGUCUACUGCGACAUGACCACUCUUGAUGGAGGCUGGACCUUGAUCCAGAACCGGCAAGAUGGUAGUGUGGACUUUGGUAGAAGGUGGGAUGAUUACAGGUCUGGGUUUGGAAACAUCGCAUCUGCGGACACAAAAGGAUUCGGCAAAAUCCCAGGAGAAUACUGGCUGGGCAACGACCGGAUCAGUCAGCUCACCAAGAUCGGUCCAACUGAGAUCCUGUAUGAGAUGACCGACUGGUCUGGCGCUCGCGUCCAAGCUAGGUACCAGCAGUUCACCGUGCAGGGGGAGAACACCAACUACCAGCUGGCCGUGGCUGGCUACUCUGGCACCGCUGGAGAUACCCUCCUGACGGGGGCCCGGGAGCUGGUGGGCGAGAACCGGACCAUGACGAUACACAACGGCAUGAUGUUCAGCACCUACGACAGAGACAAUGACAACUGGCUGCCCGGGGACCCGUCCAAGCAGUGCUCCAAAGAAGACGGCGGGGGCUGGUGGUACAAUCGCUGCCACUCAAGCAACCCCAAUGGCCGGUACUACUGGGGAGGGGCCUAUACCAAGCAGAUGGCCAAGCACGGCACAGAUGACGGCAUCGUGUGGAUGAACUGGAAGGGAUCCUGGUAUUCCUUGAAGACUAUCAGCAUGAAGAUCAGGCCAUUUUUCGCCUCUUGAGAGUCAGCAUGUAGCGCAGGCCGCCCCACCAUGUGCCUGCAAAAAAGGUUGGCCAACCAUGUGCCUGCAAAAAAAGGAUGGCCAACCAUGACAUUGGAAACUGCAGCUCAAGGAUAAAGUGUGCCGACACAGAAUUUUUAAAUAAUAUUUCAAAGGCAUUAAAAGCAACACUGAAUGAAUGAAAACAAAACAUGCUUGGCAGAUUUAUUGUCCAGCAAUUUUUAUUUAAAAAUAAAAAACAUUUAAAAUACAAGAGGACCUUUUUAAAAUGUGUGACUCCUCCGAAGAAGCAAUUUUGUUCCUCUGCUCAAUAAAAUUUGUUGAAGAUCAUUUGAA